CCGAUUUUUUCCGUUCGCUCUCCCUCCUCCUCCUCCUCGUCUCCGCCGAUCGAAGGAAAACAAAAAGCUAGGGUUUAGCUGCCUCUCUCGCUCGCCAUCGCUCGCGGCGACUCGCUGCUAGGGUUUUUGGGUCUCUCUCUCUCUCUCCACCGGCGAUGGAUGCGGCGGCGCUCGACGACUUGAUCCGGCGGCUCCUGGACGCCCGCGGCGGCCGCACGGCGCGCCCCGCGCAGCUCGCCGACGCGGAGAUCCGCAAGCUCUGCGCCGCCGCCAAGGACGUCUUCCUCUCCCAGCCCAACCUCCUCGAGCUCGAGGCCCCCAUCAAAAUCUGCGGAGAUAUCCAUGGCCAGUAUUCUGAUCUUCUUCGGUUAUUUGAGUAUGGGGGCUUCCCACCAGAGGCAAACUACUUGUUUCUAGGUGAUUAUGUUGACCGUGGGAAACAGAGUAUAGAAACUAUAUGUCUUCUCCUUGCGUAUAAGAUUAAGUACCCAGAGAACUUCUUCCUCCUUAGGGGAAACCAUGAGUGCGCAUCUAUCAACCGAAUCUACGGAUUCUUUGAUGAAUGCAAAAGGAGGUUUAAUGUUCGUAUUUGGAAGGUUUUUACUGAUUGUUUCAACUGCCUCCCUGUGGCUGCACUUAUUGAUGACAAGAUCCUAUGCAUGCAUGGGGGUUUAUCUCCUGACCUAAAGAACAUGGACCAGAUUCGCAACAUUGCCCGCCCAGUUGAUGUUCCAGACCAUGGUCUCCUGUGUGAUCUGUUGUGGUCAGACCCAGAUAAAGAAAUCGAAGGUUGGGGUGAGAAUGACAGGGGUGUAUCAUACACUUUUGGAGCUGAUAAGGUCGCUGAGUUUCUCCAGACACAUGAUCUAGAUCUGAUCUGCAGGGCUCACCAGGUUGUGGAGGAUGGCUAUGAAUUCUUUGCUAAGCGCCAGCUUGUAACCAUAUUCUCUGCACCCAACUAUUGUGGCGAGUUUGACAAUGCGGGGGCGAUGAUGAGCAUUGAUGAUUCUCUUACAUGCUCAUUCCAGAUCCUUAAGCCUUCUGAUAAGAAAGGAAAAGCAGGAACCGGAAAUAUGUCAAAACCUGGAACUCCACCAAGGAAGAUAAAAAUUAAUAUUAUUUAGGCAGAUUCCCACUAAUGUGAACUGAGAAAUUGUGAUGGAGUACUCCUCCAAACUUGUUAUUGGAAGAUUUUUGGUGCGCAUGACACUGUUGAAAAAUGUCGACCUGCGUACCUUUGUGUUUUCACUGUCUGAUGCAAAUCUGUCCUGCCGUUAUUCCUGCUGAAAAGAAGAUCAUACUUCGGCUGUUCGGCAAAAACCAUACUUGGAAGCCUUCUUUAACAUGGAUUACUUAUUUCUUCUUGAUCUGCUACAUAAGUCAGAAACCAGAAUAUCUGUCAAUGGGUAGGCAUAGGGAAACUACUAGUCUCAUGUAGAUUUUGUUCAAUGCUGUAUGCCAUUCACCUGUAAAGUGUGCCUUUGAAAGGGACUGACUGAUUAGCUGAAGUCUUUUACUGAUGCUGAUUGCAUAGAAUGGUAACUUUUUACCCAGCAGCUGAUAGUUAAGUGUCUUUAUCUAUG